GUAAAGUUAGAGCAAUGAUUUGGCGGGAAAAUGCGUGUUCGAUGAAUUCACACAAACCAAAAGGCUACGCAAUUGGCAAAACUCAUCAUCAUCAAAAGCUUAUACAACUCUCCCUCUCUCUGUCUCUCUCUUCUCAGUUUCUUCAUUUUCACGUCUCUCUACUAAAGAUGACGGGGAAGGGAAAGAAGAAAACUAGGGUUUCGGAACAAGAUCCACGAGAAGAGCAACAAAAUCAAGACGAUCUCAACCAAUCAUCUGCUUCUUCUUCUUCUUCAAUUGAGAGCUUGUACGAGGUUCUUGGAGUGGAGAAGACAGCAUCUCAACAAGAAAUAAAGAAAGCAUAUUAUAAGUUGGCAUUGCGAUUACAUCCUGAUAAGAAUCCUGGUGAUGAGGAGGCAAAAGAGAAAUUUCAGCAGUUGCAGAAGGUGAUAUCAAUUCUUGGUGAUGAGGAGAAGAGGGCACUCUAUGAUCAGACUGGUUGUGUUGAUGAUGCUGACCUUGCAGGAGAGGUUGUUAACAAUUUGAAGGAGUUUUUCCGAACUAUGUACAAGAAGGUCACUGAGGCUGAUAUUGAAGAAUUUGAAGCAAACUAUAGAGGGUCUGAAUCGGAGAAGAAUGAUUUGAUUGACCUGUACAAGAAGUACAAAGGUAAUAUGAACAGGCUAUUUUGUUCGAUGCUCUGCUCGGAUCCUAAGCUGGAUUCACAUCGAUUCAAGGAUAUUCUUGACGGGGCAAUAGCUGCAGAAGUUCUCAAACCAACAAAAGCAUAUCAGAAAUGGGCUAAGCAACUAUCCGAAACAAAGCCUCCUACUAGUCCUUUAAGACGCAGAGAGAAGUCGAAGAAGAAAGAGUCUGAAGAUUUAUAUGCAAUUAUUUCUCAGCGUCGAAACCAGAGGAAAGAGCAAUUUGAUUCAUUAUUCUCAUCUUUGGUGACAAAAUAUGGUGGAGGGGAGUCACCUUCAGAACCCUCUGAAGAAGAAUUUGAAGCUGCAAAAAAGAAACUCGAAAGCAGGAAGGUGUUCAAAAAUCGUGGCCGAAGUAACUAGGCAAUAGUAUCUUAAAGGCAUUCUCAUCUCUGUUGUGUUUUUCUUGUGAAAAAUUUACCUAAUCUGUUAAGUGUCUUCCUUUAUAAAACAGAGUAUGCAACUACUUUGGGUUGAUUUACAUUAUGCACAUUAUGUAAUUUAUAUGUAUACAUUGUGGUUGUAGUUGGCAACUAUUUUCUUAGAAGUUAUUUUUGUUGA